AUGGCUAAACUAAGGUUGGAUCCCAGGUACAGCGGAGCUGCUGUUCCAUCCUUUACCUCAGGCCACAUUUCAAGGCCGUCAGCAGGACUUAAUCUAUACCAGGACAUCACCCAUUCUAUCCAUCUGGCCCGGAAACAGAACCUUGGCUUGAAAUCCUGUGAUGGCAAUCAGGAGCUCCUCAACUUCCUACGUAGUGACCUCAUCGAGGUGGCGACUCGAUUGCAAAAGGGGGGCCUCGGUUAUGUCGAGGAGACGUCAGAGUUUGAAGCCAGGGUUUUCUCCCUGGAGAGUCUAAAGGAUUUUGGGGAGUGUGUGAUUUCACUUCAGGCCAGCGUCAUCAAGAAGUUUCUUCAAGGUUUCAUGGCUCCAAAACAAAAGAGAAGGAAACACCAAGAAGAUUCAAUAGCAAAGACUGAAGAAGUUGACGAAGAGAAGAAAAUGGCAGAAGAAGCGAAGGUUGCUUCAGCCUUGGAAAAAUGGAAGAUAGCAAUCCGAGAGGCCCAGACCUUCUCUCGAAUGCACGUGCUUCUUGGGAUGCUUGACGCCUGCAUCAAAUGGGACAUGUCUGCAGAGAAUGCCAGGUGCAAAGUGUGUCGAAAGAAAGGUAUGAUAGCAUGCUACAUUGAGGCUGGCAGUGCCAUGCACAGAGAGU